GGAACAAAUCUGAUGGGCGAUUUGUUUUUCCAAUCAACCAUUGAAAGUUCACAGUUUCCCCGCCCUGUAUUAGCAUACCGCAGUGAGUACUGUCUAUUUCAUCCGCGUCCGGCGGGGUUUGCUCAUUUUAGCCUUGAAACCAACUGAAGAAAUGCCCGAGCAGCAGAAAUCCGCUCCCAAGAAGGGCGCCAAGAAAGCUUUGCCCAAACCAGCGGGCAAGUCUGGCAAGAAACGCAGGAGGGUGAGGAAGGAGAGUUACUCCAUCUAUAUCUACAAAGUGAUGAAGCAGGUUCACCCCGACACCGGCAUCUCCUCCAAGGCCAUGAGCAUCAUGAACUCGUUCGUGAGCGAUAUUUUCGAGCGCAUCGCGGGCGAGGCUUCCCGGCUGGCCCAUUAUAACAAGCGAUCGACCAUCAGCUCCCGGGAGAUCCAGACUGCCGUGCGCCUGCUGCUGCCUGGGGAGCUGGCCAAGCACGCCGUGUCGGAAGGGACAAAGGCGGUGACCAAGUACACCAGCUCCAAGUGAAGAGUGCCCAGAAAACACAGCGGAAACCCAACGGCUCUUUUAAGAGCCACUCACAGAUUCACUGAAAGAGUUAAUACGUAAUAUUUAACAUUAACCAGUGACCCAAAGCCAUUGAAUUGAAGUAAAUCUGGAAAUUCCUUUCCUUUCCUUUUUAUAUGAGGUAAUUCAAGUUCUAUCCGUGUUAAUCAGUUGACUGUUACUUAUAUUGUCGCCAAACAAUUGAUACUACAGCGUACAAUCUUCACAGCGAUAUUUGAUAACGCGCUUCGCGCUCCCUAGAUUACAAAUCGAUAGUAAAUAUUAAAAAAUUAAAUUAUAAAUCAUAAAUAGAAAAGGGAAAGUCAGGCUAUUUGGAGGAUACGGCCCAGAUACGGGUCGGUAUAACCCCGAAGUCUUUGUUACAUUCUUUCUACUGCACACACGGGAACAUCACCUCCUCCUCUGGGUCUCUCUCCCGGUUAUUAAAAACUUUGA